CUGGGAUAUAACUUCUGGCACAUCACUUUUAGUGUUGCCCUCCUUCUCCUUUUAUGCAGCCUAGUUUUUCUACUAUCCAGGCCUGCCAUGACACUCUUCUGCCUUAAAACCUUCCACCUCUCCCCACCACCUCACUUAUAAAAUAAGUCUGGCCUUGUAGAAGCUGCUUCCCAGUCCUACCAGUCUGACGUACCUAUCUCCAGGUUUAGCAACAACUGAGCUUCCCACAACCCUAGAAUCACAUCAAAGAGCACUUGUCUCCCAGACACAAAACAUCCUGCUAAGCCUUCUCACUCCCUUCAGCUUUUGCCUGCAAUACAAGAGUUUAAAGGGAUGGGUGUUAAACUCAGACCUGGAUUCACAGUCCAGCUCCGCCACUUACUAAACUAUAUGACCUUGGGCAAAUGACUUCUACUCCCAAGGCCUGUUUUCUCACCUUUCACACGAAGAAACCAAGAAUACCCUAGAUCAUAGUGCUGCUGGCAGAAUGUGAUGAAUUAAUGGAUGUAAAGUAAUUAACUGGCAUCCUGCCUGACAUCUAGACAAGAUGUGGCUGUAUUGCCAAUAAUUUGUACAUACUGUCUUGUCUCCACUUCAUAGCACAAAUUUCACUGUACUGUAACUGCCUCUUUAUGUCUGUCUUCCUGUUAGAUUACAAGCUCCAUGAGAACAGGGACCAUACCUCUUAUUCUCCGGUGUGUAUGUAUACGGCAAUUUUUCAAUGAUAUCCUCCUAAAUAAAUGAGUGCCUUAAGUGUCCUAUAACCAAACACCCUCCCAGGGCUGUUAGCAACUCCACUCUCCAGUAUCAUCUCCUCUUGCUGCUUCCUUUGCCUAGUUCCACUCCAACACGGUAAGGAUGAGGCCACCUGCAAGCGACUGUCUCUCUCGCUCGGCUGCGAGCACCCGGGGAUGCAUAUUCCCUUCGCGGAAAGGGUUAAGUAUUACGUGCCAUUAAAGAUGGAGGGCGACGCUGAGUACAUCCUCCCUACUGAAACGAAAUAUGUCGGGGAAAUGAAGGACGGCAUGUUUCAUGGUCAAGGAACCCUGUACUUCCCCAGCGGGAGCCGCUAUGAUGCCAUUUGGGAAAAGGGACUGGUCGUGAAGGGCACGUACACCUUCUCGGACGGGCUGCAGUAUGAGGCAGAGCACUGGCAUUACUGCGACAGCUGCGAUCGCAGGUUUUACACCGAGAUCUGCCAUGGCUUGAAGCCUGCAGGUAUCUCUCAGCUCACCAAUAUGGACCCACCUCGAAAAAUCCCCGAGGGCUGUUAUGACUGUGGAGAUGGCUUCUACAACCCGGCCACGAGGAUAAUCAAGGACUACAGGAAUCGCUUUCUGAGAAAUGCAGAUGAUGACGAGCACGAGUGGAUCAUCAGGACGUGUCGCAAGGGAUGGGAUGAGAUCGUGGGUCACCGACCCAAGCUGUGAACUGUGCUGCUGGCGGAGGUCUUCUCUGUACCACUGGCCGUGGCUGGCCCUGGGGGCAGCCUGCUGUUCCAGACCCUGACUUUUAGCUCAGGAAUAAAGCCUUUCUGCAC